AUGCAGCAUCCAGUGACGUGGCAGCCAUCGGCUGAUCAAAGGCGACUCAUUGGACAUAUGAUACUUCACAAAACUGAUGGCUUGUAUGGCGACUUAGGCUUUAAAGUUGUUGGUGGGAGACGAUCAGAUACGGGGCGUCUGGGAGCGUUCAUUACUCGCGUCAAGCCGGGUUCUGUUGCUGACGUUGUCGGACGCUUAAAAGCUGGUGAUGAAGUAUUGGAGUGGAAUGGUCAUCAGCUGCAAAAUACCACGUUUGAUCAGGUUUACGAGAUUAUCAAUUCGUCGAGGAACGAUGCUCAGGUUGAGCUGAUUGUUUGUCGGAAUGCAAAUUCAGCGGCAAACGUCGAUAAUUAUUUGAGCGUUCAGAGAUUGUUGCCGCAGCCCUACGGAUUUGGAAGAGAUAUGGAUCUGAACGAAAUCUCGUUUGACUCACCGCUUGAACCGGCUUUAACACAUUCUCAAUCAGUUACGCUGUCACCGCACAUGCAGCAGUUCUUGCAGAAUACCGGCCGAAGUGAACGUCAACCGAUUAUCUCGCCUUUUCAUACGGGUUACCGAAAGCUGCCUUUUACAGAUCGAAGCUGCAAUGAAAUAAUGGCAAAGGGGCAAAUUUUCGGCAGGAUUCAAAUAUCACUUUGUUAUUCGCCAUCACAACGGCAACUCGUGGUUACUAUACAUCGAGCUGUCGACUUGGCACCACGUCCGGACGGAGUCAUGCGAAAUCCAUAUGUCAAAAUAUUUUUACUUCCUGACAGAAGUGAAAAAAGUAGACGUCAGUCUGCCGUUUUGGCCGAGACCUGUACUCCAAUUUGGGAAGAGCCAUUUUAUUAUCAUGGCUUAACAGAAGCAAUGCUUAUUCAGCGUGUACUUGAGGUAACCGUCUGGGAUUACGACAAGUUUGAAACAAACUCAUUUCUUGGCGAAACUCUAAUUGAUUUGUCUGAAACUCCAUUUGAUGACGAACCCAUAUUUUAUACACUGGUCGAUAUGGAUGAGGAAAACCCUUUACGAGCCCGUUUGCGUCAAAGACGCCUGAAUGUCUACCAACCACCAAGUAGACCUCGAAGUGAGAUGAGCCACUACCCCGCGCGACAUUACGACUACGUUGAAGAUUACAAUCCGCAUAUGAUGUAUUACGGCACUAGCGAAUCACGUAUGUCGGAUUAUCGACAGCCCCAAAUAGAAAUGAGUGGAGGAAUGCACAAAUCAAGGACGUACGACAGAGGGAGAAUGCACGUUGAGGAAGACUGGACAAUCAACAACAGUAGAUAUUCAGGCUAUCUCUCUGAUCAGGCUUAUAGUGGUCCGCUUUCUUUUCGCUACAAUGUCAAGGAACGAAGACCUAGAUCUGCCACGGCAUUAAGACAAAGGCCAUCGGAGAAGAUGGUAGCUCGGGCUAGGAAUUUGCCAAAUACAUCUUGGACAAUCGAAGAAAAUUUGCCAACCCAUCAAUCGUCCGUACAAGGUAUGGAAGAUCAAGGCAUGCAACCCAUGCAGUACGAAGAACCAAGGGUGCGUACUGAUAAAGUCAAAAAUGAAAUUGUAGCAGAAAAUAUGCCUGAAUACGGCAGCGAUGGGUCAGAAACAUUGAGCGUUCAUUCAAGUCGUAGUAUGCCGUCUAGAGCAAUUCAGCCUGGUCUUCCCAAUGGCGAUGUUGUUCGUCAAACUUCUGAUGAAAAUCGUUUACCAAAUGCAGAAUACUUUGCCGAUGAAGAUAUUGUCAGUGAUUCGACAUUAACUAAAAGUUCGGCCAAUAUAAAAGAAAAAGAAAGAAAGAAGGGUCUCAUUAACCGUUUACACAUUCCUGGCAGAAGUCAACAAAUAAAGGGUAAAAGAGCCGGUUUUUCUCGAACGGAGGAAGUUGGUGUUCCUGAAUGGCUAGCUGCAACGCCGUUCACUAAACAAGUAUCCAAGGAAUCAACAGACUCAGCUCACAGUGAUAAUUGGGGACCGGUGCUUACUGAAGGCCCACUUGGUGCAUUUAUUGAGAAUUUAGGACCUGGCCAGGUUGUUGGUAGACAAGUUUUGGCCAGUCCUGUACUGGGAGAGAUAAAUAUUGGUAUUGCAGUGCGUAACGCUCUUGAAAUACAAGUGAUUCGUGCUCGUAAUCUCGUUGCAAAACCAGGGAAAGCGCUUCCAGCCCCGUAUGUAAAAAUAUAUCUCUUGGAAGGGAAACAGUGCGUAGCGAAAGCAAAAACUAAUGUAGCAGCACGAUCAAAAAAUCCUGAGUUCCAACAACAAUUUGUUUUCAACCACUCACCACGAAAAAAGAUGCUUCAGAUAACACUAAUGGGCGAGUAUAGUCGAAUGGAACGGCGUUCGUUCAUGGGUAUUGCCCAAAUUCGGCUUGACGACUUGGACCUUAGUAGUAGGCCACUAGUAGAUUGGUAUAAAUUAUUCCAUAGCUCAAGUUUAGCUGGUGCAGCCCCGACACGGAAAGACAGUGAAACAAGCCUUAAUGAGAUGAAGUAG